AAAAUAGUAACCAUAAAGGGCAAAAAGGUCCUUUCAGAGUCACAUCGUCUCUCCCCUAAUUUCUGGGAACCACAAAUUUAUUGGGACGAGCGUGCGGUGGAAUUCAUUCUCGUGACACUCCACCACGUGGCUCAAUGUGGUUGGUCCAUUCUUCUUUACAAUCACAAAUUCACAAUAUCUCGUUUUUCUUUUCUCCGUUUCAAAAAAUUCAAUUAACUUUCGGUUGCAGAGGAGGGUUUAAAUUCGAUACCCAAUUUUAUCAUAAAAGGAAUAAUCUUAGGGAGGAGUCGGCGUGUUCACACUUCCAACCCAAUCGGGCUGUCAAAACGACGACGUUGACAGCCCGGUUCUCUGGAGAUAGACAGAUAGAUAUAGGUACAUUCCCAGUUUCAGGUCUGGAAUUUUGAUUCUAGAUAAGGACAAGGGUUGCUACUUGUUGGUGUUGUGCUGUAGUAUUGGUUUGACAAGCUUUUGCGUUGAGUUGAGUUGGGUUGAGUUUAGUAUCUGCAAUGAGUUCGUUUUCUGGAGCCAUUCAAAGACCUCUGGUGGCGGCUGCCGCAGUUGCUGUUGCUUCUUUCUCUGCUGAUCUCUCCGAUAAAUUGCCAUCACGUGAUUGUUCUACCUCCGAUUUGGCACAUUCUACUCCUUGUAGCAACAUACAAGAAUCAGAUUCAUCCUGGGUUUCUCAUAUUUCGGACUCUAAACUUGCUAACCUAUCUUUUGUGACCCAGAUUCCGGUGCCUGUGCCUAAUGUUCAAUUCCGGGUACCGAGUUUGGGACAGAAUUGUGUUUCAAAUUUUUACCAUUCUUCGGUUGCUUCAUCACCACUUCUUCGGAAUUUGUAUCACUCUGCUGACUUGCCUAGAGUCUCGAGGUCUGCUGCAUAUUCCCAUGGUAUCUCCAAUUCAACUUCUGAGGCUGAGGUCAUGUAUAAAUGGCAUUUACCCGAACUGAAUGCUUUGGAUGAUUCUAGUUGUUCAUUGACAAAGUCAAGGACAGUGGUGGUCUUGCUGGGAUGGUUGGGAGCAAGGCAGAAACACUUGAAGAAGUAUGCGGAAUGGUACACUUUAAGGGGGUUUCAUGUGGUUACCUUCACGUUUCCAAUGGGGGAGGUCCUGAGUUAUCAGCCGGGUGGAAAAGCGGAGCAAAAUGUUCAUUUGCUUGUGGACCACUUGGCUGAGUGGUUAGAAGGGGAAAGUGAUAAGAAUCUUGUCUUUCAUACUUUCAGCAACACUGGAUGGUUAACAUAUGGUGUUAUUCUUGAACAUUUUCAAAACCAGGAUCCAACUAUCACGGAAAGGAUUAAGGGAUGCAUUGUAGACUCUGCACCUGUUGCGUACCCUGACCCACAGGUCUGGGCCUCAGGUUUCUCUGCUGCAUUUCUCAAGAAGAAUAGUGUGGCUACAAAAGGACGUGUUUUUUCCGAUCAAUCUGGCAUUAAAGUAUCAAUUGGCAGUGAAGAUGAUUUAGGGCUCAAACCUGCUCUAACAGAAGCAGCUUUACUACUAAUUCUAAAGAAAUUUUUUGAGAUCAUUCUGGAUCUUCCUUCAGUGAACAGGAGGCUCUCUGAUGUUAUGAGCAUGUUAUCAUCAAAACAACCAAGCUGUCCACAGUUAUACAUGUAUAGCUCUGCUGACAGGGUUAUUCCUGCUGAUUCAGUGGAAUCAUUUGUAGAGGCUCAGCGCAGGGCUGGACAUGAUGUGAGGGCAUGCAAUUUUGUCUCCUCACCCCAUGUUGACCACUUUAGGAAUGACCCAAAAUUGUAUACAUCUCAGCUCAGUCAGUUUUUGGAGGAGUGUGUUCUUAGCCGUUGUAAAUCUUACUAAUUCUUUACAUUCCUUGGCUUACUCAUACACCAUAUAGUUCAUUCAUUUUGAUUUUUGAAAGCAGCCAUUCCAUUAAUGGAUGUUGCCAUGGUGGUUAGGACUUUAUGAAAAGUCAACCACCUCAAGGGGAUUACACAAUUGUUCCCUCACAGGUUAUAAUUGAUUCAUUGACAUAUUGAUAGUGCAAAUGAAAGAUAUGUUACACAAUUGUUACCUGACAGCUUAUAAUUGAUCCCUCGAUAUAUUGAUAGUGCAAAUGAAAGAUUUUGCAACUUUCUUCAAUUGA